GAGCGAGAGGAACAACAAGUGUCGAGGAUGAGAUAGACCUACACGCAGGUCGAUCGCUAACUGCCUCAGUGUUCAGCAAAAGCGACAUGCGGCGAUACUAUUCAGUGGGCAAGGGAACGGUAUUCGAGGACUGGACGUGGGUGGACUUUCGAGAACUCGAACCAAGUCUAGUUUAUGGUCUUGAGAAUCAAUGCUAUUGCUUGACUGAUUUUUUCAUUCGUUUCUUUUUCGAACUUAGGAGUAGCCGCAAUUUCAGACGUACCCCUGGACUGGGUUUACUUCUACCACUACUACUACUACCACUACUCCUCCUCCUCCUCCUACUCCUCCUCCUCCUCCUCCUCCUCCUCCUCCUAUAGUGCAUUCUCAAGAUGAACCCCACCCAUCACCUUUCUCUCAUCUAAUGCCCCGCUUCGUAUUCUCGCUAUGUGGAGCAUCUGAAGCAAAUACUGACCGACAAGCGGAAAAACCAGGAGGCGUUACUUCUAGAAAGUGCUUGUGAUUUCGAGAACUCUCCGGCAUUGUCAAACCUGACAGGGGCAGCGCGAGCAGCAGAAGUAGACAAGAUGAGGAGACGAGAGCAAGAUCGGAAGGCAGCCUAUGGUACACUGGAUGAGCCACCAGAUGAGCUCGUGGAGGUACCUACUUCUAGGAUUUUCAUAUCGUCUUUUUACGUCGUAAGGACAUAAGACGAACUUGUGUAGUUAGAAACGCUACCCCGUUAAGAUUGCAACUACCUAGAUCAUCGAAGUUUCCAAGUUCAACUGGGUCAACGCAAUGCCUUUCGUCAAUUUCAUUGCAGUGCACGGUCAACGAACUUUUACUUUCAAAAAUUUAUUCACAGUGCGGAGAGUAUGCAGUGCUGUGGAUGCAACAGGCGAUGAUGCUUCAUGCCAAAACACGCGAUGCGAUAACACACUGUCGGUUUCUGCUCAGCUAUUUUUAUGGAUGCGAGUGUGAAAAGAAGUCAGGUUCAGGUCCUGCCGAGUCAUCUAUUUCCUCACACGAAGAUGACCUUUCGACCUUCAAUGGAUUUUAGUGAGGCACAUCAAGCAAAGACUUCUAGCUAAGAUUCGGACACGAUCAGAUUAGACUGCAACGACGAAUCUUGCUACACCAGUCUACCCAGAAGAUGACAGAAAAAAACCCCACUACGAGACUGCUAGACGAAAAUCUACUCACAUCUUCUAAUCCGUAGCAGUGGCGCAGAUGGG